GCAAAUAUAGGGAGGAGGGAGAAGCAAGAACUAGUAGCUGGUAAAGAAAUUGUAAAUUGGGGAGCAGAGUUUUAGUUGUGAAAAACUCAUCAUGGAAAUAAGACGUGAAGAAGUAACAUUACCCACCUAUGAACAGUCAUGUGGUUUACCCAGCAAACCGUUGUGUUCUUCGUUUUUUAAUGACGCCUUAAAGGAUCCCAUAUUAAUAUUUAUAACGAUAGCAGUGGUUAUUGGCUCCUUUUGUUUAUUAAGUGGUCUUUUCCUAUUGUGUCUAGUCUCGAAAACUAUACAAGACGAAAUGUCAGAGGCAAUAUUAUUAAUAGGCAUUGGUUUCUUUAUCUCUUCGGUGGCUUGUGUUUCAUGGAAAUUGACAACCCGAAGGCAAAUUUCACACUUUAUUGAAGCCAUUAAGGAAGAGACUGUAUAA